AUGGAUGUAGAAGCUGCCGAGCGGCUCAAGAAUCUGCAGAUGGAGGACCUUGGAACGGCUAGGAGAGAGUUCAUAUCGACAUCGGACAAAACUAAACUCAGAAACGUCUCCCUGAGCGAUAUUGAAGCAUCCCGUAUGUCAAAUGUGGCUGGUUCGGAGGCACAACGUACGGCCCAAGCCAACAAGGAAAAACUCUCAGAAUGGAAUAAUGUGCAUAAGAAAAUAGGCGACACUGACUCUGAACGUCUCGAUAACCUCCUAGACGGCCAAACUCACCGGCUCCAUUUGAGCGCUCUCGUACUUGAAGCUGGCGGUCAAUCCUACGCGAAAACCGCAGGCAAACGAGACAAAUCCUCUCAAAUAAUAGAGACAAAAUCCAAGAGAAUAACUGCAGCUUCCAGGGCUUUGUCUUCUACAGGCCAAAGUAAUGUCGCCAGGGCCAAAGUGCCGAAGGAAAUUCCCACGUAUGAGCCUGCUCCUCCUAUGCUGAUGGUGAAGGGCCAUAGUACUCAAAAGUCUUUGGUAGAUGCUUCUCAUCUCUAUACUGAUCCCCACCAAAAAGUCCGUGAAGCAAAUUCUCAAAAGAAGCAGGUUCAAGUCAAAGGAGAUAAUAAAUGGAAAAAGAGGCCUGCGCCUGUGUCUCUUAGAGCCAGGAGACCUGCGAAUGACUUUGCAGGAAUCAUCAGUUCACCUGAAAGCUUCCUGGCUGCAGCCCGUAGCAUGAUGAACCUAAAUCCCCCACAAGCCAUUCCUCUUACUGAAAAAGGCUCUAAUGAUGAAAGUUCUAGUAUCACUCCAGCGAAUGCACAAUUUCCGAAGGAAAAAGAAAAGAUCAAGGGAAAUAAAACAACAACCUCUCCUAUCACAGACUUGGAUCGUUCUAUUCAUCGGGCCCCAAAGGACGCCGAUUCCGUGAAGGACCACUGCAGAAGCCAGCCCAGCAAGCAUAUACCAUCUACACCCGCAGGUAAACCCCUGGACACUAGGGAGAAACAAAGUAUGUCUGGUCCCAAAUUACGCGGUCCAUCCACACCCCCAUCUGGUAAGAAAAAGGCCGAGCAACGCAAUUUGAACACUAAUACUAGCUACGGAGAGCACGGGAUACUGGUCGAUAUCAAUAAUUCGCCUUCUGAAAAGGGCUCUUUGGGAUUAGAAGAGACUCCUAUAUUGAGUCCUACCUUUGAGGAUCUGAAAGGUCUAGAAUUUAAGCAGCCUGCAGUCUCUCCCUCUUCACCAAAGACGACACCUCUAGAGAUACACUUCGGUCCCAAAAGAAAGCUUGAUUUCAGACCAAUCUCAAGUCAAGACAAAGAGCACAAAUCGGAUAACCCGAGCAACUCGGCACCAGUCAGCCAUUCUGUGGACUCAGAAUACCAGCAAGAAAUUGACAGGGUGUGUAAAGUAUUAGCGUCAAUGAGUCUUGCUGAUGCAAGGGAAUGGAGAGAGGGUCUUGAAGCAAGGCUGCAGCAGUCACAGCAAACGCCUGCAAUUGAACAUACCCGGGCUGAAAGACCGCAGGACAACAGCGAUUCUGUGGAUAACAAUACACUGAUUAGAAACAAGACACCAUCAGGUAGUCAUGUAGCAGAGACUUCAAGUCCGCAAAGUCGUCUCAACGUAGGCGCACCAACAUUUGUCCCCAAAUCCAGUUUUGAAGAUUAUCGCUCCCCAUCCGCUAGCAUUUCAAGCGACUCUACAAACCUUGGGUUUUCUGUUGUCAAUAAAACAGAUAAAACACAUCCAGAAGUUGCCCAUAUAUACGGCAAUCAUUUACUACCAGGCAGACGUGGACAUCCCGACGAUGAAGCAGUGCGCAAUACCUGCAUGCAUCUGAAAUUUCCCAUUCCGGCUCGACAACCUUCACGUCUGAAAUUCACCCACCCGGCAUUUGAAGACCUCGAAACUCUCCCUUCAACUCUUUCGACUCCAAGUACUUCCGAAAAGGCUCCCACGGCUGGCACUCCUGCCAAUCCUACAGUCCGUGUGCCUUCGGCGAGCAAGCUUGUCCAGAUAACGGAUCCAAAGUGGAAUGCAUUACAACAAUCAAUGCACGCACCCUUCUCCUCUCAAGAGAACCGGCUACCUAUAGUGGAAACCGAAAAGCUUAAUAACCUCCAGAGCUCAAGUCACGCAAUGGGAGAGGACGUCAAACUUUUCCGUUGA